AUGCCCUCGCCACGCCGAAUUAGGCUCGUCGGCCUGGCCGCCCUGGUCCUGAUUGUCUUCUUCUUAUACUACACCUCCAAGGUUGAGGGCUCGGCACGCGACCGCAGAGGCGCCGUAAGCUUUUACGACAAGACCGUCAAUGCCAUGGAAAACAAGGAGAAGGACACGUCGGGAGGGAAGACGGUGAUCGACACGAAGACGGGGACCAAGGCCGGGCACAUUCCCGCGGACAGGGAUGGCGAUGGCGACGUCGACGCGGACGACCGAGAAUCGUCGCUCAAGAUGCAGGAGCGCCUCAAGGCGGCAGAGCAGAAGGCUAAGGAGAAGGCAAACAACAAAGCCCCUCUUCGUCCGGACUCUCCCAAGGAUGUUGUUGGCGUUGGAAGCUCGGCCGAAGGGCAGGACAAGAAGGCUCUGAGUGACGACGACGAGGAGCUGGGGUCGAAGAAGAAGAAGACUACUUCUAAGCCAACAAAGGAAGAAGAUGCCGAGGCUGAACUUAACUCAAUCCUCAAGAAGGGACCGGUCAUCAUUUUCUCCAAGACUUAUUGCCCCUUCUCUAAACGCGCCAAGGGUCUCCUGCUCGAGAAAUAUUCCAUCACCCCUACUCCCUACGUAGUCGAGUUGGACGAACACCCUCUUGGGCCAGACCUGCAGGAUGCCCUUGAGACAUUGACAGGGCGUAGGACGGUUCCCAACAUUAUGAUUAACGGGAAGAGCAUUGGAGGUGCCGACGACAUUGUUGCCCUGGACAGUAAGGACCAGCUCAUCAGCAAGAUUGUCACCCUCGGUAGCAACCGUGUCACAAUGACGGAGCGAUUCACUGCCGGAGAAUAG